AAUUUUUUUGCUGCCAUCGUAUUUGCUGUCUUUGCCUGCGUUGCUGCCGAUGUCAGCCACCUGAGCAAUACUUACCUGCCGCCAUCGCAAGGCGCUGCUAGCUCAGUUUCUUCAGAGUACCUACCUCCAGCGGCCAGCACACAACAUGCUUCUUACUCGGCGCCAAGCUACUCGGUAGCUGCUUCGGCACCAAGUGUCUCCUAUUCUGCGCCAGCUCCUGCCGUGUCCUACUCAGCGCCAAGCUACUCGGCCGCUGCUUCAGCUCCUAGUGUAUCUUACUCGGCUCCAGCUCGCUCCGUCUCUUACUCUGCGCCA